UGUCACAUGUGAUUGUAUCUCUUGUCUUGUUUUUUCGUUUUUUUUUUGUUUGAUUGCAAAUUAUUUUUUUAAUUGAUAUAUUCAACAAAUAAAAAUAAUGUUAUUUCGAAAAUCUUGGAAAUUUAUCACGACGAAUGCUCAUAGAAAUAUUAUUCAUUACAAUCAUCAUCAUCAUCCACGACAUCGACAAUUAAUUAAUGCCCAUGGGCGAACAUUCUCAACACCAUCACCAUCACCACCACCACCACCACAACAACAUUCGAAUAUUAAUUCUAGUUUGAUAUUUAAAUGGAUAGCCGCUGGUUCACUUGUGAUCGGUGUACCAUCAUAUCUGUGGUUGUAUCGUUCAAAAUCGAAUACAGAUGCUAAACUAACGAAUAACACAAAUGUUUCACAGAAACAAGAGAAAGAUAUUGAUAAAUCAUCUAUUGAUAGUAGUCUACAAUUGAUUGAAAAUCUUCCUGAAACAGUACCAUAUUUGAUUAUUGGUGGUGGGCCGAGUGGAUUUUCUGCCGCACGUACAAUUCGUGGUAAUGAUCCUACAGCUCGUGUACUGAUCAUAACUGAAGAGAAUCAUUAUCCAUAUACACGUACACCAUUGACAAAGGAACUUUGGUUCAGCGGUUUAGAUGAUAAAUUAAGUUUUAAACAAUAUAAUGGUAAAGAACGAAGUAUCUAUUUUGAACAUGAAGAAUUCUAUUUACCAUUAAAUGAAUUCAAUUCAGCAUCACAUGGUGGUAUUUCCGUAGUAAAAUUCCAUAAAAUUAAUCGUUUAGAUGUAGCUAAUCAACAAGCAUAUCUUGAUAAUGGCCAAAUAAUUAAAUAUGAUAAAUGUAUCAUAGCAACAGGAACAAAACCGAAAAAUUUGAAAUGUUUUGAACAAGCUAGUGAACAACAACCACAAAUUGAAAAGAAAAUAAUUCUAUAUCGUUAUCCAGAAAAUUAUCAACAAUUAAAUGAAUUAUUACCGAAAAUAAAGUCGUUAACACUUAUUGGUAAUGGAUUCACUGCCAGUGAAUUAGCAUUUUCAUUAACGGAACGAGCAAAAAAAUUAAAAUCAAAUGUCCAAAUUAAUCAUAUAUUCGAACAGGAUGGUGUAUUGAAUGAAGUGUUACCUGUCUAUCUAAGCCAUUGGUGUACAGAUCGAAUUAAAGAUGAAAAUGUGAAUGUUAUAUCGAAUGUUCGAAUUGAUGAUGUCAAAAUGGAUAAAGAUCAGCUAUCACUGAAACUAACUAAUGGCCAGACAUUGAAUACAGAUAUUUGUAUUGUUGAUAUUGGUUCAGAACCAAACAUCGAUAUUGCUAAAUCAGCCGGAUUCGAAAUCGAUCCAAUCAAUGGUGGUUUGAUAGCCAAUUCUGAACUACAAAUACAAUCAAAUAUUUGGGCGGCCGGUGAUGUGGUUAGUUUUUAUGAUAAAAAACAUGGUCGUCGAAGAGAUUGUCAUCAUGAUAAUGCCAUUUAUACGGGGCGAUUAGCCGGUGAUAAUGCAAGCAAUGGUGGUAAACCAGGAAAACCAUAUUCACAUAAUGCAAGAUUUUGGUCAGAUUUAGGUGCUGAUAUUGGUUUCGAAGCGAUCGGUAUGAUUGAUUCAAAAUUACCAACAUUUGCAAUGUUUGCCAAAUCUGAUCCAAAUGAUGAUGGACAAUAUAAACAUGAAAGAGGUGUAUUAUUCUAUUUGAAAGAUAAAACCAUCGUUGGUAUUAUAUUAUGGAAUAUAUUCGAUGUAGAUAAUAUGCAUAUAGCACGUAGAGUAUUGUAUGAUGGUAUGAAAGCGAAAGAUCUAAAUGAUGUGGCACGAUUAUUUGCUCUUUAUCCAUCAUUAACAUCAUCAUCAUUAUCAGCAAUGGAUGUCGAUGAAAAUUCUAAAUAAUGUAAAUGAAUUAAUGAUUUUUGCUUUUGUUGUUGUGAAAUGACGCAACCAUGUUAAAUUGUAAUUGAUUUAAAAAAAAAUUUGAAUGAAAGAAAAAAAAUUGAACCCAAAAUUGAUAUAUAA